UAUAUGCUUUAAAAUAAACAUAAUUAUCUACAGUUCUCAAAACAUGUGAAGGCGCUUAUAGGCCACAUAGCUUUUCAGGUUAGUCUGCUCAAGUUCUUCCAUCGAUGGAUAAAAUGCUUCUAUUUGCGAUAUUUGGCCAUAAUCCUCAUAUCCACAAUCAUUAACAUAUAGGUGAGGAAGAACAAUAUCACCUCGCUAUAAUUCUGUGAUCAUUUGUUCUCAAGUUUCUGUCAUUUUUAUUCCUAUGGUAAUACAAAAGCGUCAUGGGUCACAGGAAUGUUGUGGAUACCUUUAAAACAGUGAAUAUUUUAAUGUUCACAGAUUGUACCCAUUUACUUCCAUUGUAAGUGCCUCAGACUUUACGUAUACCAAUUUAUAGCCUGCCAGCAAUACUUUUUAGUAUACUGAAGCACCCACGAUUGAAGUGUGCUUAAGUAUAUUAUUUUUCACUAGGGCUGACUUGCUAGAAAGAUUUUGAUUCCAUUAAAGUUGCUGAAUAUGCUGUUAGCCAUUUCGCUAACUGCAGCCAGAGCCUCAGAAUUAAAUCACACCCUCUCUUCAAAAUCUCACCCUCCAAAGAUAUCAGAUGAGCAAAUCUGAUGUCAACAAAUCCGAACAAUCACACGAGCCUUUUUAGUUUUUUCUUUUUCAUGGUGCGCAUAGCGAUACCUUGUAUAGCAACAUCAAGGGCACUUGGUGAUGACACAAACAUAUUGCCCUCUGAGUUUGCUCAAUGCGAAAGGUGUUAUUUUUUCCAUUUUGCGGAGCUAUUGAGAAUGGAUGUAAAUUCAAAGGCAAAGCAACAGCUGCCAUCCUUAUGGACAGCUCUGGGCUUGCAGGUCAUAGUGACUCUGACUGACAGCAGCUCUUUGGGUUUAUAGCUUAUAGUUUAUAGGUGAUGGGGUAAAGACUCUGGGGGACAGUUCUGCAGCAAAUCACAGUUCUCUAAACCUUUGGCCCCCAAUGGUCUGUUGUCCCAGAGUGCCCUGUUGAAAUUCUAACCUCUUAGGCUCAGAGUGUGUUUACUCUUGAGUUAAUAAAUGAGCAAGUGUUGGAGUGAGAUGGUCAAUGCUAAUCACAUCCCUUUCUCCCUAAAUAAAAAUGACCACUAUGUUUUAGCUUCUGUCUUUAUUUGUCCCUUUUUUUUCUGUCCCUCUUGUUAAAAGGAGUGUUCCAGGUUCAAUGCAAGUUAAACAAACACUGUAACGUUGGUAAAUCCCUGAUUUUAUCACAUUAAAAUCAUGUUAACACGUAUAAUGUUUAUGUCUUGUGGCUAUAACUUUGAAACAGUGUAUUUUAAAAUGUAUGAACUGGCCCCAUUCACUUCCACUGUAAGUAUGAAAGUAGACACUGUUCUGCUGUAACAAUGAUUAUUUCCCUCUUUUUUUUUUCUUUUCUUUUUUUUUUUUUAUAAAUGAGGGACGAGUUGAAAUAAUUGUUUCUGGUCAUCAACAUUAUGUUAAAAUUGCUGUUGAUUGAGAUUAACUUGUAUUGAACCUGGAACAUAACUUUAAAGGGAUAGUUCAGCCCAAAAUGCCCAAAUUUUGUCCUUAUUUACUCACCCUCAUAUUGUUUCAAACCAUACUUUCAUCUUCCUUGAAACACAAAUGAUGUGUUCAGCAGAAUGGCAGCUUCAGUCAGAAUUCGCAUUUAGUGUAUCUUUUUUUUUUUUUCCAUACAAUGAAAGUGAAUGGUGACUAAGGAUAUAACAGUCUGCCUAAUAUCUUCUUUUGAGUUUCAGAGAAGAAAUAAAUGGAUUUGGUGAGUAAAUGAUAACAGAAUUUCUAUUUUGGGCUGACUAUACUUUUAAGUCAUCCAUAAAAAGAUAUUUACUGUAAAAGCUAGACGGUGGCACAGAGACAAACCCCAGGAAUGAAAGUUUAACAUUAGCACUGCCAGAAAUACAAGAACGUGGUCAGAUGGGGGGAGGUGUAGUACAAGUAGACAAAACUGUCCUUGAGGUGUCAAUUCUGUGGUGUCAAUACACCAACUCGCACCUCUUCAACAAUGCCAAAUGAGUAAACAUACCACACACAUGGUAAGGGUGAGAGAAUCAGAAGCAAAAGAGAGAAAGGGGCCGUCCUUACUGGCUCUUUUGAGCGGGAGUGAGAGGAGGUCCAAAGGGAGGAGGCAAACGGGGAGAGCAGGAUUGUGUCAAAGAGAAAGGGAGCGAGGAAAAGGGAAGUGCCGCUCUGUUUGCAGAGCAGUACAGGACCAUGCUGUCAGGCAGAUCUUUCAUCUGGAUUGGGGCACUGCUUCUGGGACUUGAAGCUUCGCUGACCAGGACAUCUGACUUCCAGCACCAUGGAUACGAGGAGAUGGUGAGGGCUCUUUUUGCUGUCCAAAGCGAAUGCCCCUACAUCACUCGCAUCUACAGCAUUGGUCUCAGUGUGGAAAGACGGCACCUAUAUGUCCUGGAGUUCAGUGAUAAUCCUGGCAUUCAUGAAGCAUUGGAGCCAGAGUUCAAGUACAUAGGGAACAUGCACGGGAACGAGGUGCUUGGCAGGGAGCUGCUCAUCUACUUAUCCCAGUUCCUGUGUGAGGAAUACAGAGCAGGAAACAAUCGAAUCACACACCUCAUCCACAACACACGGAUUCACAUCCUCCCUUCGAUGAACCCGGAUGGAUAUGAGGUGGCGGCCAGGCAGGGUCCAGAGUUCAAUGGAUACUUGGUGGGCCGUGGAAACUCAAAGGAGGUAGACUUGAACCGCAACUUCCCAGACCUGAAUGCUCUCAUGUACUACUAUGAGAAGCACAACGGCCAAAACCACCACCUGCCGCUGCCAGACAACUGGGAACUACAGGUUGAGCCAGAGACUUUAGCAGUGAUCAAAUGGAUGCAGAAUUAUAACUUUAUUUUGUCAGCUAACCUCCACGGUGGAGCCGUUGUUGCCAACUACCCCUUCGAUAAGUCUCGCGAGCCCCGUAUAAGAGGCAAGACAGCUUACUCGGCCACCGCUGAUGACAAAAUAUUCCGAAAGUUGGCAAAGACAUACUCCUAUGCCCACAGCUGGAUGCAUAAGGGCUGGAACUGUGGGGAUUACUUUGAUGAAGGCAUCACAAAUGGAGCCAGCUGGUACUCUUUGUCAAAGGGUAUGCAGGACUUCAACUACCUCCACACUAACUGUUUUGAGAUCACUCUUGAGCUCAGCUGUGACAAGUUCCCUCCAGCGACAGCUCUUGCCAGUGAGUGGCUGGCCAACAGGGAGGCUCUGGUGUCCUACAUGGAGCAGGUGCACCAUGGGAUUAAAGGCAUGGUCUAUGAUGAGAAUAACAACCCGAUCAGCAAUGCAGAGAUCUCUGUGGCAGGCAUAAACCAUGACAUAACCAGCGGGGCGGAUGGGGACUACUUCCGUCUGCUCUUGCCUGGAACCUACACAGUGACUGCAUCUGCACCAGGGUACCAGCCUUUUACCAGCACAGUGACAGUGGGACCAGCUGAAGCUGUACAGUUACAUUUCUAUUUGAAAGUUCAACCAAAAGUCACAAACUUGAAUGUGAAAGCUCAUACCAACAAGAAAGGCCCAUCAACAGCUCCAACCAACCUUGGACCAAGAUAAAGAGCAAGGACUCUCUAAACACAGACAAAACUCUGUCUCUGCUUUUUUUUUUUUUUUUUUUUU